AUGAUGAACAUGGAAUCUCUCAGUUUUAGUUGUAUUAGACCACAUACGUUUUUUUCUAAAACAUAUUUCUUAAAAGUAAUGGAGGAUGAAGUAUAGAUAUCGGCUUUUAGCAAUUACUAGAACCCAAAAUAUCGAAUAGAACUUAAAUUAACGACAUAAAUUUUAUGGAAAAUGGGAAAGCAAUCAUUAAAAGCCUUUGGAAUAAUUUACCAGAAUAAAAUUAAAUAUUUUGAAGCCUAAUAGAUACAUCUUGAAUCCUUAAAAGCAACUAUUGGAGCCAAAGUUAUUUACAGGAACAUGGCAUCAUUUUAUGAACCAGUUGAAUUUAUAGGAGAAGGAUUGUCAGCCAAAGUAUUCUAAAGUAUUGAGAAGAAGACCAAAAAAGAAGUGGCUGUGAAAAUGAUAAAAUAGGAAUUUGGAAGAGAAGAUCAAGCUUUGGACAUUGUCAAAACUGAAGUAUCAAUUCUAAAGUCACUUAACCACUAGAACAUUAUAAAGGUACUUGAAGUUUAUGAAAACGAUCAAACUUUUUGGAUAGUUCAAGAAUUUGUAGCAGGCACUCCAUUAAGUCAAAUAUUAAAACAAAAGCUUCCAAUCCAUCAAAUUAAAACAAUUAUGAUUGGGUUAUUGUAAACAGUUUGUUAUUUAUAAUCUUAAAAAAUUGUACAUAGAGACAUAAAACCAGAAAAUAUCAUAAUAUAAAAAGAUAAUUCAAUAAAAGUUAUAGAUUUUGGAUUUGCAGCAAAUUUAAAGUUUGGAUCGGUUAGCAGUGUGUGUGGUACUCCAGGAUAUUAUGCUCCAGAAGUAUUGAGAUAGAAGGAAUCAAGUUUUAAUUCAGAUAUGUUUAGUGUUGGGGUUGUUUUAUUCAAUUUGUAAAGUAUUCUCUUAACUAAUAGAAUAACAAAUCAACCCAUGUUAAAAUCAAAAAUGUAUAAUGCCUAAUAAUAUGUUGCUGAUGAAGAAGCAGCAGAUCUUUUGAAGAAAAUGUUAGAAGUCGAUCCAAUUAAACGUAUUACUGCUUAGCAAGCUUUGGAGCAUCUAUAUUUCAAAGAUGAAAUGGAGAAAAUUAUUGAUGAAAAAUAAAUCAGCUUAUUUCCAUCCGAAAAACAAAUUCCAAUGUAAUAGCAGUAGAAAAUUAAUAAAUGCCCAGUUGCAAAAACAAUGAAAUCUCUCAGAACUACCAAUAUUAUUGACUAUUGA